AUGAUCUUACAAAUAUGUCUCACAUUAUCUGCAGAAAUUUCUAAAAAAAAUCUAGAUAAAAAAUUAGUAACAAAAAAAGAAAAUGAUAAUAUUUCAAAUCAUUAUAAUAUAUUAUUUUUUUUCGAUUUAAUAGAUUUAAUGAAUAAAGAAGAUAAUGAGUUAGAAUUUGAUUAUAUUCAAGAAAUUUAUUUAGAAUUAUUGCUGAAUAAUUUGAAUUCUUUUAUGGAUAAUUUUAUUAAUUUUGAUAUUAUUGAAGAAUUAAUAUUAACAUUAGAUGAAGUAAAGAAAAAUUUAGAUGAAACUGAAAACACAACUAAUUGA